AUGCUCGCUUACCAUGUCGACCUGCCGCCAACAGAGUUCGCUAUCCGCAUGCGCCCCGUCUUCAUCUUGUCGCUUGCAGCCCUGACGGUCUUGGUCGUGGGGCAUUUCAUGAUCCGCGACUUCUGGGGAGGCCUCAGUCUAGUCUUCGUGGUUCUCAUGGGGCUGUUCGUGCUCACGGGCGAGUACAGGAUCAAUGCCUCCAGCGCGUGCUUUUUUUCCGUGAUGGCCAUCAUUUCUGCGAUCUUCGAUGUGGUGUCUUGCGUGCUCUACUUCCAGCACUCCAAGUACAAGCUCGGGGACCCGAAGGCCCCCGCGCUUGCCCUGCUGGCCCAGCUGGUGUUCCUCUCCAGCCCAGUCCUGCUCCUGGUGUCGGCCCUCAUCCGGGGCACAUGCUCAGUCAUCGACUGCAACGACCGGGCGCAGGAGCUCUGGGGCCGCAGCGGGGAGCUCCCGAGCUACGACGCCCUGGGCCAGGGCGUGCCCCUGGCGGCCGCCGGGCCCCGGCGGCAGGGCCACGGGCCCCCGAGCCAGCCCCCGGCGCCGUUCCAGGGGCAGGGCCGCAGGCUGGACGGGGAGGCCUGA